UCAACACACGAAAAACUAUCGCUCUGUGAAAAUUUGACUUUUUUCUCUCAAAAAAUUUGGAAAAAUUGCCACAAAAAAUCCGAAAAAAUGCAUUUAAUCCGCGAAUUGUUAUAACAUUAAUCGUUGACGUCUAACGUUCGUUUCUAUCAUCAUUUACUCUCCGUUUAUUGCAAAAUUUAUUCUUCACUCGUAAAAAAAAGAGAAAUAUUUAGUGAAAAAAGUUCUAUAGCACAUACCCUCAGUAGUCAGUAUUUAUUUACAAAAUAUUCGUCGUGUGUGAAUUUAUGUGUUUCGUCGUCGUCUUCGUGCGUUGUGUGAAGGCAGAGGCCCGUGAUUUAGUACAAUAUCAUAAAAUAUAGUGAAGUAGUGAUUAAAAUUGAUAAGAAACGGCGAAAGAGAAAGAAAAAAAAUAAUGUUUUGGACGAGUCGAAGAACACACAAAAGGAUAUUGUGGACGUUUGAAACGCACUUUUUAUCAUUGAAACCUUGUGUGAUUGUCGCGCUGCUUUUCGUGUCUUUGUUUUGCAAUCGAUACAACAUCGCCAAUGCGGCAAGCAUUCAAGAUCCGAACGUUGAGGGUGAAUUGACAAGCGAUGGAAGCGAUGCCUUUCACCUAAACGUCACAAAUCUCAAAGUUCUCACAUCCGAGAAAUAUCUCGAGAUACGAGGACACGGUUUCGAUUUGCCCAAAUUGCGCGACAUUUCGUUUCACAUUGCCACGGAUGCCCACAAAUGCAAUAAAAGUGAACGAAUCCUGCGAGUUAUUGCCAAAAGUGAGUCAUCGAUCUUGUUGGAAUUGAGCGACGUACUCACGAAAGGCGAGACAAUGUACUUGUGUUAUCAGGAAACGCUGAAUUCGUCGUUAGUUCAUCUCGGGGCGCAACACAAGUUUAUCAGCAAUACCGAUGAUGAAUUUCGCAUUUAUGGGUUUCGUGUCGAACAUGCCGAGAAGGAGCAUUCCAUGAAUGAUGCUGGAAUAACGAAAACUAUGGCUGAUCAAACGCUUGAGCUGCGAAUUUUUGGAAUUGGUAUCACAGAAGAGACGGGAAUUGCAUUUACGAAGUACGACAAAGGCGACGAAUAUGCGACAGUUUGUCAAGUAACUUCGACAAAAGUGUUCAAAGUCAGCCCGGGAUCCAUUCGUGAUGGAAGUGCUUUGGUUACUGUCACUUUUGGCGCUGUCGAUGAAGAAUAUUUCAUUUGCGCAAAGCCCACACAUCAAGGAGGGUUCUUGUUUCAAGGCACUGACGAUUGGAUGAAACUUAUUGUACAUACGCCAAUGUUGCCGAUUUGGUUGCAGCUGAUGAUCAUCGGGAUUUGUUUGAUGUUUUCCGCACUCUUUUCGGGCCUUAAUUUAGGUUUAAUGUCACUCGAUCGCACGGAUUUGAAGAUUUUGUGUAAUACGGGCACGGAGAAUGAGCAACAACAUGCACGAACGAUUCAGCCUGUGCGCGAUCACGGAAAUUACUUACUUUGCAGUAUAUUACUCGGAAAUGUGUUGGUUAACUCAACAUUUACAAUUUUAUUGGAUGGUUUAACAUCCGGCUUGUUAGCUGUUGUAUUCUCAACAUUGUUGAUUGUCGUGUUUGGUGAGAUUACGCCGCAGGCUAUUUGUUCGCGGCACGGAUUAGCAGUAGGUGCGAAAACGAUUUGGGUAACGAAAGCUGUGAUGUUGAUUACUUUUCCCCUCUCGUAUCCGACAUCGAAGAUUUUGGAUUAUCUGUUGGGAGAAGAGAUCGGAAACGUUUACAAUAGAGAACGUUUGAAGGAAUUGGUUAAGGUAACAACAGACAUCAACGACUUGGAUCGCGACGAAGUGAAUGUCAUUUCCGGCGUUCUUGAACUUCGCAAGAAAACUGUUUCCGAGGUCAUGACACACAUCGAAGAUGCUUUUAUGCUCUCCAUCGAUGCCAUUCUCGACUUCGAAACAGUAUCUGAAAUUAUGAAAUCUGGAUUUUCUCGUGUUCCGGUCUACGAAGGAGAGAAAAAUAACAUUGUCACGUUGUUGUACAUCAAAGAUUUGGCAUUCGUUGAUCCUGAUGACAAUACGCCGCUUAAAACUUUGUGCGAAUUUUAUCAAAAUCCGUGUCAUUUUGUGUUUGAUGAUUUGACACUCGACAUAAUGUUUAAGCAAUUCAAGGAGGGUAACAAGGGACAUAUGGCAUUUGUUCAUCGCGUAAACAACGAAGGCGACGGAGAUCCGUUCUACGAGACAAUUGGGCUUGUAACGAUGGAAGAUGUCAUCGAGGAGUUAAUUCAGGCGGAAAUUAUGGAUGAAACGGAUGUUUAUACGGACAACAGGAAGAAAGUGCGACGCAAACGCACGAAGGAACACGAUUUCACGGUAUUUGUGGAGCGUAAGGAUAAUCAACGGAUGCGAAUUUCGCCGCAAUUAACGUUAGCUACCUUCCAGUAUUUGAGUACAACUCUCGAUGCAUUUAAACCCGACCAAGUAUCGGAAACGAUCUUGCGUCGCUUAUUAAACCAAGAUAUUGUUCGUCAUAUCAAGUGCAAAGGCAAAGAUAAGAACGACGAAAGCAUGUUCAUCUACCAAACGGGAAAACCUGUCGACUAUUUUGUCCUCAUUUUGGAAGGAAGGGUCGAAGUUCUCGUUGGAAAAGAGAAUAUGAUGUUCGAAGCAGGUCCAUUUACGUAUUUUGGUAAACAAGCGUUGAUCCAAAAUGUCACUGUUGCUGAUUCGCCAUCGCAAAUAAUGGGAUCUUUGCAAUCUCUCAACAUGGAUGCCUUGAUUCGACACACUUUCAUACCGGAUUACUCCGUAAAAGCUGUCACCGAGACAAUUUAUCUCGCCAUCAAACGUAAUCUGUAUCUUGCUGCGAAGCGUGCUACGUUAAUGGAACGUAAACAACGAUGCGGCGAUCCAACAAGUGAUGCGAUCGACGAUGAAGUUGAAAAGUUGUUGCAUUCUUUGGAUGACGACGAUCCGAGUGUGCAUGCAUCUGUGCCCAAUUUGAAUGGAAAUACGCCAAAAGCGAGCAAACCUGCAAGUCCAACGACAAUAGUCAACGAUUCCCAUUCAAAUGGCAUGAGUGGUCCCGCAACACCCGUCAACGUCCCGAUAUCAACUUCGUUGGGCGUUUUCAAUCCAAAUAACCGAAGCAAUAGUUUAAACUACACGGUGCAACGAGAAAUUGGUGCUAAUAACACAGAUGAGGAAAUCCAAGCCCCAUUAUUGCCACGCUCAAAGUCAUAACGAUACGACGCCCUGAGAUACGAAAAGCGUGUACUUGCAAUUAAUUACUAUUAAAAAAAAAAAAAGAAAAAAGUAUAUUGUUACCAGAUUGAAAUUUAUUUACUACUCUCUCUAUUACAAAACUCUUCUCUCUCUCUGUAACAUUAUUAUUUAAAAAAAUUUCUGUAAAAAAAAAAUGACAAAAACGCAUGACGACGUUACUUAAAAGAUAAAAAAAACUUAA